ACAUGUUUCCAUAUAAACAAGUCGAAGCUUGUGCACGAACAGCAAAUGGAAAAUAUCUAACAAAUGGCCUCAUAUCGCCCUGUAAGAGUGUUUGCCGAGAUGCAGAAUCGCAAGAUUGAGAAAUCUCCUCAAAAGAUAAUACAAUAUGACGACAACAGGGCGGCGUGUGAGGGUGUGUCCCCGGGGGACCGGCAGAUCCGAGUUACUGCUGUGGGUGAAGUGUCCCAGCCCCCUGAUCUGAGUCGCUUCACUGUGCGAGUCACCAGCAAGAAGGACAAUCCGCAGGAUGCCAAGAACAGCGUGGCCAGGCGCCUCGACUACAUCGUGCAGACCCUGCAGAACCACGGAAUUAAGGAGCAGGACUUGCACAUCCACAAGCACCUGUCCAGGAGUGACUCGCUGUAUGUGAUGGAGACAGAGGUGGGGGUGAGGUUUGGAGAUAUCAAGAAAAGCGAGAGUGUUGGCAACCUGCUGGUGGAGAAGCUUGAUGACACGGUCACCGUCUCCUUACCUGAGUUCUUCCACACGAAUCAGAGUCUAGAGAGUCUCAGGAAACAGGCCAGUCUGGUAGCCAUCCACAACGCGAAGCAGAAGGCACAGGAAAUGGCCCGCUUUGUCCACCUGUCUGUAGGUCGGCCUGUCUACAUCGUGGAGGAGGACAGCCAGGAGAUAGAAGGACACACAGACACAGCCUCCGACUCAGUAACCAUGACAACAAUCCAGGAACGUAUCUCAAAUGCAACAAUAACUGUACGCAGUCGUGUCUCAGCAUCCUUUGAACUCAGACCUAAAGUGAAGAAAGUUCUGAGAUAGGUUCAUGGAUCGGUUUACCAACUAUUUAUGUGAAACGUGACUGUGAUACUUCAGGGAGUAUUCUGACCUUGCACAAGGGUACACCUUGCUUCAUUGACAGCAUAGAGAUGUGUGACCUGGCAUAAGAAUCACCUAGAUUGUUGUUGCCUGGAUGGGAAGCAGAUGAGGACAGGCAUUAGAAUUGAUAAAAAAAAUAUGUAUUGAUAGUGUGAUGAAAUAUGACCUUGACCUGCACAGUGAUGCAAAACAGUUGUUUUGCUUGAAUUGGUUUUUUUGUAGAGAAAGAACACUCAUGUGUAGCAAUGCCACACCUACACCAGAGCUGUGACAAUGUCUGAUCAGCCACCUUCAAGUCGGUCCAGAACAGGCAUUUCUGCAACAUUACAUCCGUCCAAUAACCCUCAUUCAUAUUGCUACAACAAUAGUGAAUGUUAUUUAUUUUUUACAUAAUGUGUAUAUACAAUGUAUUUCGAUUAUGGAAGUAAAAAUAUACUGGAAA